UGUCGCUUAGUGGAAGCUGUACAAGUUUAAUACUGCUGGUUAAAUAAACGAAAGGUUGUUCACCUGCAGCACCUGAUCAACUGCUGAUAGUGUAGCUGCUAAGUCGAAAGACACAAUGUCCUGAUGGAGAAUAUCCGAUCACGUCUGAAAUUGACAGGGAAUAAAGUCGAAGAUGUAAAACUUAGGAAAAGAAAAUCUCAACUUUACGCAAAGGAAGAUGAAUCCCCUCUUAACAACGGUGUGCUGAGAGUUGUUGUGUUUUCUGUGGCGUUCAGGCUGAUCAACUGCUUUCUGGUCCAGACCAGCUUCGUCCCCGAUGAGUACUGGCAGUCUCUGGAGGUCUCCCAUCAUAUGGUCUUCAAUUAUGGGUACCUGACGUGGGAAUGGAAGGCAGGACUAAGAGGAUUCUUCUAUCCACUCUUCUUUGCAUUCAUAUAUAAGACAUUACACUUCAUCAACUACGACUCAGUCUAUCUCCUGAUAUGGCUCCCACGAAUAAUUCAAGCGCUCCUGGCUGCGUUCGCAGACGUGAAAUUCUACUUCCUCAUCCGCACGUUAGAAAGUCGUGAUGUUGCAAAAUGGACGUUCUUCUGCCAUCUGUGCUCGUGGUUCUCUUGGUACUGCUGCACGAGGACUCUGACCAACAGCAUGGAGACCACCAUCACUUCUCUGGCUCUGUUUUACUUUCCCCUGCCCGGGUCCAAAACACACAGCAGCAAAAAGUAUUUGACCCUGGUCGCCCUGGCUGUCAUUGUUCGACCGACAGCCCUCAUUGUCUGGUUUCCUCUGCUGAUGUACCAUUUCUGGCAGGAAGAUAACAAACUGAGACUCAUCACGCAUAACUUCAUUCCUAUAGGAGCUGUGGCAGUUGUGAUUUCAACUGUGAUCGACUGCAUAUUCUAUGAAAAGUGGACCAUGGUGCAGUUCAACUUCCUGAGGUUUAACAUCUUCUAUGGCGUGGCUGAUUUCUACGGCUCUCAUCCCUGGCACUGGUACUUCACUCAGGGGUUUGCUGUCGUGAUCGGCCCUCAUCUUCCACUCUUUCUCCAUGGGUGCACCAUCGCCUUCAAAAGAUACAAGAUUCUGUUGGCAGCAGUCGUCUGGACACUUGUGGUUUACAGUUUGCUUCCUCACAAGGAGUUCAGGUUCAUCUACCCGGUGUUGCCGUUCUGUAUGGUGUUCUGUGGGAUAUCUUUGGCUAACUUGAAAGCGUGGCGACGAGCUGCUGCGUUCGUCUUGUUGGCGAGUAACCUGGUUGCGGCGCUGUACACCGGCCUGAUCCACCAGCGAGGCACUCUGGAUGUCAUGAGCCGUCUCCAAAACCUUUGUGACGUCAGCAGCACCUCCACUCCCUCGCGGCCGGACGUCCUGCUCCUCAUGCCCUGCCACUCAACGCCUUUUUACAGUAAUGGCACAAACUGAAUCUCCUGAUGAAGA